CAGUAGCCAGAUAUAAGAUACAAUCUACAACUCAACAGCCAAUAUGUAUACGAUAAAAACUCUUUCAGUUUUUUUGUACUUUCCAUUUCUUCUCUAUGGAAAUAACGGCUACUAUUAUUCUUCUCUCCCUCACCUUCUUCAUCUCCAACGUCGUCGUACCAUCUUCUUACGCUCAACAACACAGUGCCGUUACUCUAGCGGAGAUCCGUGCGCUUACGUCCUUUAAACGCAGUGUUUUCCAAGACCCACUUGGUGCUCUCGACGGCUGGGAUGCGCUCACGCCAUCAGCUCCCUGCGACUGGCGUGGCAUUGUUUGUUACAACAACCGAGUCCGCGAGCUCAAUUUGCCUCGCCUCCAACUCGGUGGCCAACUCAGUGAUCAAUUAUCCAACUUACGUGAGCUCCGCAAAUUAAACCUCCAUUCUAACAACUUCAACGGCGACAUCCCUAACGCUCUUGCCCAAUGCGCUCUCUUACGCGCUGUUUACUUGCACUACAACUCACUCUCCGGCAACCUCCCGCCUUCCAUUUUUAACCUCACCAAUUUACAAGUCCUCAAUGUAGCUCAUAAUUAUCUAACCGGAAAAAUCGCCUCCGAUUUCCAUUGGUCCCUCCGGUACCUCGAUUUAUCCUCAAACGAUUUCUCCGGAGAACUACCGUCAAAUUUCUCGGCACAGUCUCAGCUCCAACUUAUCAACUUCUCAUACAACCGGUUUUCCGGUGGCAUUCCGGCGAGUAUAGGCAAGCUCCAAGAACUACAGUACCUUUGGCUUGACUCGAACCAGUUGUAUGGUACAUUACCGUCGGCUAUAGCGAACUGCUCUUCGCUGGUACAUUUAAGCGCACAAGAUAAUAAGCUUAAAGGACUUGUUCCGGGAAGUAUCGGUGCGGUUCCGAAUCUUCAAGUGCUAGCAUUAUCGCAUAACAGACUUUCCGGUGCUGUUCCCGAAAGCAUUUUCUGUAAAUCGUCGGGGAAUUUUACGCCGUCGUUGAGGAUCCUGCAGUUUGCAUUUAAUGAGUUCACGGAAUUCGUUAAGCCGCAAAAUAACCAAAGUUGCGUUGCAGUUUUGGAGGUUUUGGACCUUCACGAGAAUAAAAUCCACGGUGUUUUUCCCUCUUGGUUGACCACUUUGACCACGUUGAGAAUAUUGGAUAUUUCUAGAAACUUCUUCACUGGUUUAUUACCAGUUGAAAUAGGCAACCUUUUUAAGUUAGAAGAUCUUAGAGUGGCGAACAACUCGUUGACCGGUUCGGUUCCCACUCAGCUCCUACAGUGUGGCUCGUUAAAGGUCGUCGAUUUUGAAGGAAACCGAUUUUCCGGGCAAAUGCCGAUUUUUUUCAGUCAAAUGAAGAGCUUGAAAAGUCUAUCGUUGGGGAGAAAUCUAUUUUCUGGGUCAAUCCCGUACGGGUUUGGGAACAUUUCGGGGCUUGAAACGUUGAAUUUGAGCGGAAAUAAUUUCACCGGAAAGGUCCCCGAAGAUAUAAUGCGGUUGAGUAAUUUAACUACUUUAAACCUCAGCAAUAACAAAUUUUCUGGAGAAAUUCCUGUUGGUUUGGGGGAUUUAUUGAGUUUGGUGGUUUUAAAUUUAAGUUCCUGUGGAUUUGCCGGUGCGAUUCCAGGGAGUAUUGGGAACAUGAUGAAAUUAACUUCUCUUGAUUUUAGCAAGCAGCAGAUUUCUGGAGAGCUGCCAAUUGAGCUUUUCGGGUUACCAAGUUUGCAGGUUGUUGCUUUUCAAGAAAACAGGUUGUCUGGUGAUGUUCCUGAAGGUUUCACCAACUUGGUUGAUUUGCAGUACUUGAAUCUCAGUUCUAAUGGAUUCACUGGUCAGAUUCCGAGUAGCUAUGGUUUAUUGCAGUCAUUGGUUGUGCUUUCGGUCAGCUUUAAUCGAGUUUCAGGUAUGGUUCCCUUGGAGCUUGAUAAUUGUUCUGAUCUUGAAGUACUUCAGCUUCGUUCGAAUCGUUUGAGUGGCAAUAUCCCAGGUGAUCUCUCUCGAUUAUCUCAUUUGAAAGAGCUUGAUUUGGGUUUGAAUCAUUUAGAUGGUGAAAUCCCAGAUGAAAUCUCCAGAUUUUCAUCUAUUACUACUCUUUUCCUGGAUGGAAAUCACCUAUCAGGAAACAUACCAGAAUUAUUGUCAAAACUAUCCAAUCUAACAGCUUUGAAUCUUUCAUCAAAUAACUUGAGCGGAUCCAUCCCAUCAAGCCUUUCAAACAUGAUUAGCUUGAAGCACCUGAAUUUGUCAAGAAACUAUCUUGAAGGUGAGAUCCCGAGUGCACUCGGUUCUCAUUUCGAUGAUCCUUCCGUGUUUUCGAUGAACAGAGAACUAUGUGGUAAGCCAUUGAAGAAAGAAUGUGCAAAUGUGAGAAACAGAAAACGUAGGAAGCUGAUUCUAUUAAUUGUUAUAGCUGCUGGUGGAGCUUUCUUUGUUGCAGUGUUCUGUUGUGGAUAUAUUUACGGCCUUUUACGCUGGCGCAAGAGGCUCAGAGAAUGGGGAAAUGGGGAGAAGAAAAGAAGUCCAGCCAGUGCGAGUUCGGUAGCAGAUAGGGAUCGUGGGGGCGGCGAAAAUGGAGGUCCGAAAUUAGUUAUGUUUAAUAACAAGAUAACGCUGGCAGAGACAUUAGAAGCAACAAGGCAAUUCGAUGAGGAAAAUGUCAUGAGCAGAGGAAGAUAUGGACUUGUGUUCAAGGCGACCUAUCAAGACGGAACAGUCCUAUCAAUCCGUCGCCUUGUUGAUGGAUCCAUCGAUGAAUGUACAUUUCGAAAAGAAGCCGAAUUGCUUGGCAAGGUAAAGCAUCGAAACAUAACGGUUCUACGAGGCUAUUAUGCCGGACCACCAGACUUAAGGCUCCUUGUUUAUGACUACAUGCCUAAUGGAAACCUAGGCACACUCCUCCAAGAGGCAAAUCACCAAGAUGGACAUAUGUUGAAUUGGCCAAUGCGUCAUCUCAUCGCACUUGGUAUUGGUCGCGGCCUAGCGAUUUUGCACUCCUUAUCAAUAGUUCAUGGUGAUAUCAAACCCCAAAACGUACUCUUCGAUGCCGAUUUUGAAGCUCAUUUGUCCGAAUUCGGACUCGAGAAGCUGACAAUAGCCACCCCGGCAGAGGCUUCAUCAUCAUCAACCCCAGUUGGUUCACUAGGCUACAUGGCACCUGAAGCUUCAUUAACAGGACAACCAUCCAAAGAAGCCGACGUGUACAGUUUCGGCAUCGUAGUUUUAGAAAUCCUGACAGGAAGAAAACCGGUAAUGUUCACACAAGAUGAAGACAUAGUGAAAUGGGUGAAGAAGCAACUACAAAAGGGGCAAAUUUCGGAGUUGUUGGAACCAGGGUUGGUUGAGUUAGACCCUGAAUCAUCAGAGUGGGAAGAAUUCUUGUUAGGUGUCAAAGUUGGACUCCUUUGCACUGCAACAGAUCCAUUUGAUAGACCAUCAAUGGCAGAUAUCGUUUUCAUGUUAGAAGGAUGUAGGGUUGGACUUAAAAUUCCUUCUUCAGCUGAUCCAACCUCUUUACCUUCCCCCAUUUGAGACUUUCCUUCAUUCUUUCCUUUUUAAAAAAAAAAAAUUUAUUUCGCACCCAAACUCCAACUAUGUCAUUUGUGAUCAUUAUAUUGUUCUAUUUUUUAUUGCAUUAUAUGUU